UUUUCAGAGUUUAUUCCAAAGGCUAAUUUUUUGCCACUACUUGAGAUAUGGUGAAGCAACGCGGUGGAGGGAUUUCCAUGCAUUUUCAACAUCCGGAUGGUUUCAAUCCAAAUGAUAGUAUUUACAAAUCAUGUUGUUGUCAUGCAAAAACAUUCACUAUUUUUAUCGGAAUUUUUGAAAUUUUCACAAUUUGCUUUUUACUUGUAGCUGUUCUUCCUGAUGUAACAACUCGUGUUUGCGACAAAUUAUCUAAUGAUACUGAAUCGGAAUCAUUAUUUGAUCAUUUUGAAUUCGAAAAUAUUAAAAACGUAGCAUAUGUUAGCAGUUUUCUUUGUCACAACAACAUUUUUUGCUUCAUUUGGGCAAUAAUACAGAUAUUAUCUGUAGUUGAUAUGUUUUAUGGAAUCAAAACUAUUCGCUUCUGGUUUUUCAUUCCACAUUUUAUAUUUAGAAUAAUUUGUCUUUCACUUAUCUGUCUUGUUGAUGCUUGGCUUAUUUUCCGUGCAGCAAGUGGAACGGAUGAUAUGGUUUCGUACAUUACACCAAUAGUUAUCAUUGCUGUAGUUGCAGUUGGCGUGAUUUAUGCAACUUGGAUUGAAAUUCGAUGUGCACACUUUGUCAAGCGAUCACGCGAGACAGGUUUUUCAAUAAGUGUGGCUCGACCAGUGGGACCAGCGACUAUAUCUCUCAGUGAGAAUCCACAAAAUCCGUCAGAUCCGCCGGCUCGUCGACUUCCGCCACUCCGACACAAUCAAAACCAGUACGUUGUCAAUGAGACGCAUCCUCCUGCACCUGGAAAUCCUAACGAAGCCAACACCGCAGUCUGAAAUUGCACACUGCUCAGCAAAAACAAAUCGGGGAAACAAUAAGAACUAACCAAUAUUUCUAGAAAUUCUUUUUUUUUUUUCAUUGUAUCAGAGUCAAAAUCUGAUUCUGCCUGAUCUCACCCUUUUCUGAUUUUAUUAAUGAAUUUGAACUAGAA